AGCUGUGUGAGAUCCCAGACGGCAAGCAUGGCUCAACGGCUGACGGAGGAACAGCUCGCAGAGUUCAAAGAGGCCUUCUCGCUCUUUGACAAAGAUGGCGAUGGAGCCAUCACCACUACGGAGCUGGGAACGGUCAUGCGGUCGCUGGGCCACAACCCCUCGGAAGCCGAGCUGCAGACCAUGAUCAACGAGGUGGAUGCCAAUGGCAGCGGCACCGUUGACUUCCCUGAGUUCCUCUCCCUGAUGGCCAAGCGGACCAAGGACAACGACAGCGAGGAGGAGAUCCGGGAGGCCUUCCGCGUCUUUGACAAGGAUGGCAAUGGCUACAUCAGCACGGCGGAGCUGCGGCACGUCAUGACCAACCUCGGCGAGAAGCUGACGGACGAAGAGGUGGACGAGAUGAUCAAGGAGGCCGACGUGGACAGAGACGGGAAAGUGAACUACGAGGAGUUUGUACGGGUGAUGAUGGAGAAGUGAAGCAUGCCUGAAGCGAGGUAUUCGAGGUACAGGAUUUUAUAUGGCGACGGCGUGAUCAGCAGCAGGGAGCUGGCGACGGUGAUGCGAUCCCUUGAGCACCUUCUCCUCAACCUCAAGGAGACGUUCACCGACGAGAAGGUCAACGAGAUGAUCAAGCACGCCGAUGAGAACGCGGACGGGAAAGUCACCUACGACGACAAAGAGCAGACCAUGGCACAUCUUCUGUCGGAAGAACAGAUUGCAGAGUUCAAGGAAGCCUUCAUGCUGUUUGACAGAGACGGCGACGGAGCUAUCACCACCAAAGAACUAGGCACUGUCAUGAGAUCCCUCGGCCAGAACCCAACGGAAGCCGAGCUACGGGAGAUGAUCGAUAAGUUGGAUGCUGACGGCAGUGGUACGGUUGACUUCCCGGAAUUCCUAACCCUGAUGGCCAGGAAAAUUAGGAACUCUGAUGGCGAAGAGGAGAUCCGGCGGGCCUUUCAGGUCUUCGACAAGGACGGGAACGGCUACGUCAGUGCGGCGGAACUGCGGCAUAUCAUGACCAACCUCGGUGAGAAGUUGACGGAUGAAGAGGUGGAGGAUAUGAUCAAAGAAGCCGACGUGGAUGGAGACGGGCAGGUGAACUACGAAGAAUUCCUGCGGAUAAUGUCCUCCAAGUGAAGGCCACUCCCAAGGGACUUGGUUCUAUAUCCCAUAGAGCCAACUGGUGCCUGGCUUUCGUGGGUGUGCUUUCUUCUUUGCAAGGCAUGGGUGAGGUGGCAGAAACAAAUACCUUUUAGUGGAUAGUGACUCGUGGUGAACUGUAGUUAUUACUUCGUUUUAUAUCCGCAGUGUACACG